UUUGGAGAAGACACCACCUCUCCAACGCCUUCCCCGGCCCCCUCUCCGCCUCCUGCCCUGAGUUCUUCUCUCUCUCUCUCUCUCUCUCUCUCUACAACUUUCACCAGAUAGUGUACCGAACACCAUGGGCAUGGAGUCUAACAAAGUUACAGAUACUAUCAAGUUCCUUUGUAGCUAUGGCGGAAAGAUCCUCCCUCGCUAUACAGACGGCGAGCUUCGCUACGUCGGCGGCCUCACCCGAGUCCUGUCCGUCGAUCGUUCUAUUUCCUAUACAGAGUUGAUGGUGAAGCUAGGGGAGUUCUGUGGCUAUUCUGUGACUCUGAGGUGUCAGCUACCGAGCGGAGAUUUGGAAACUCUCAUCUCAAUCACCUCCGACGAAGAUUUGGCCAACCUGAUCGAAGAAUACAAUCGAGCUUCGUCGUCGAUGUCCCAUCCUCUGAAGAUCAGGGCGGUCCUUUCGCCACCAAAAUCUCUCAAGAAAAUCUCCCCUCCUCCGAGCGUCGAUUUCUCUGCGUCUAGAUCGCCGUUCGUAACCGCCGAAUCGUUGGGGAACUCGGCGGCCUACCACUACGUCCCGCGGACUUAUUCGCCUCCGAUUGGAUACCCGGCCGGUGCUCGGAAUUGCUCCGCAAAAGGGAAUCGGUAUAGAUACCAUGUCCAGCACAACCCUAGAGUUCUGUAUUCGUAUUCGCAUUUUGUUCCGCAGAGCAAUUACCGGUACUGAGCACCACCAAAAGCCAGAGACGUCUAGACUGUAGUUGAAGUAAAUUACACACCAUUACAGCACUAAAAAGAAAUUUGAUGAUGGCGAAAAAGCAGUUGACCAAACAAAAACAGACAAAAACAAAAAAGCGCCCCAAUAUGGAAUUAGUUUCUAAGGAUUUUUUGAAUUGUUGUUUGAAUUAAAGAGAGAGACAUACAUUGGAUUUUUGUGCCUGAGAAUUCUGAACCCUGAGUUGAGUUCCAUAUUCUUUUCCGCACAAAAGGGAAGCCGUUAGGUUUCCCUUAACACGCCGUUAAUUUUGACGGGGCCGUCACCUGUGUUAGUUUUCUGUUUGGGCCACGUAUGUGCUUUACGGGUCUUUACUGACAGGAAAUCGAAUUCCAGUCGUACGAUGGAGGAAGUAGUGUGUCGAAUUCAGCUCUUGACACGUUCGGAUGCCGGACUCAGUCGGCUUUAGAUUCUAACACGUGUGUAAGCCUCUCUUCUCCGUCGGUCAUAAUUUAUUCUAGUUUGAAUUGGUGUGUUUUAAUUAAUG